AUGCAACAACUUGCAGCGGACUGGGUAAAGACGGCUGAGGAUCAGGGUACUGUGCUUAGUAGUCAUUGUGCAUUCUGCACGCAAUGGUGCUCCAAAGAAAAAGGGGGCAUCAAGAACCACAUCCGGCGAAUGCAUCCUGAUCUCUGGAAGCACAAGGACGAUGUUAAUCGCAGGCUCAAGAAGCACUACCGGCUUAGGUCACCCUCCAUGGCUGGAAAAGCCGAGCCGCCAAAGACGACGGAGGCGGAGGAGGAGAUCGGGGAUAUGUUCUCGCACCACUUGAACCCUCGCGCAAGGGCGAGGGAGGAAGCGGAGCCAGCCGAGGACUCUCGGAAAUGGCACAAGCCGAGCAACAAGGGGGGCAAAGGGCAGACCUGGGGCCGCGAGUGGAACCGAUGGGCCGGAUGGAAAGAGAAGACGGACCAGCCGAACGGUGCCCUCACCCAGACCGUGAAUCCCGAGGAGCUUUGGGAGAUCGUGGCGUUGCUCACCAGGCUCUGUCUACGCCACGAGGACACGGAAGCAGCGGUCCGGGUAGACUCCAGCUUCAUGCUCUACCUGGACACCAGGGGAAGCCUCAGCAUCACCCGCCAGCUCUUCGACAUCAGUGCAGACUGGAAGGCGAAGAAGGAGGCCGGGCAGUGCAACCAAUCCUUGCGCACCACCCUGAUCAUCUCGAUGCUCUCCCACAUGCGACGACUCAUGGAGACCGCCCUCGAGGACGACAACCGGCCCACCAUGGAGAAGCGUGGGUGGGUGACAAAGGUCAACCCACCGAGUUGGGCCUACAUGGUCUACAACCCGGAGACGGAGGCGCAGGAGGUGGAUGCCAAGCGCCCUCCACUGCCGCACGCCGACAUCAAGGCCGCGAUCCACAGGAUCUUCGAGCUAAUCACGGUGGAGAAUAUGCUCCACAAAUUCCAUGCUACGCGGCCGAUGGCGGAGAAGUACCAGUCCGAGGUCCUCCCGAUGAUCCUCAUGGUUUCCAACCGAGGCCCGCUCGCGGACGAGCUUCGCAGCUGCCUGGUCAAACUCUGCGACAAUGCCUGCAUGCGCCUAAUCGGUGCCCGGAUGCGCCAGGAUCGCCUCAAAAGGCAGCCGCUGGCAGUGAAGCUGUCGGAAGUGGCGGCCAACCUACUCGACCAGACGAACCCGGGGAAGGCGAAGGCGAAGAGCAGCGGCGACAACAAGGGCGGCAGCGAGAAGGAGGCGGAGCAAGAGGAGCUCAAGUAA